UAUGCAUUACAACAGAACAGUCACAACAUACCGGGAACCAUACAAACACACAUCAUGGAUUUAAUGGAACAGAAUACUGAGCCACUAUAUUCACCACAAAUCACCUUUGAUAUCCUCAAUGACACAGCGAAAACCUCCAUGGUGACGAGACCCACGGGGAUCUGAAGCAGCCAAAGCGGUUCUUGCAGUGUGCUCAUAGCGAGGAGAUUCUGGCAAGCCAGGAUGAUGCAACAGAUUCUGAGAGACAUGUUUGUAGAUCCAGAGCUUCUGGAUGAAUUGAAUGAAGGGCAAAAGCAAAUACUUUUCUACAAAAUACGUCAGGAGCAGGUGCGACGCUGGACAGAGCAUGACAGCCAACAGGAGGGAAGCUGGGAAAAGAGCCGGGUACUGAAGAAUAGAGAUGAAACCAGGAAGAGUGUUCAGUGGCUGAAGGGACGUGAUGGCGAAGUGUGGGUUUGGAUAAUGGGAGAGGCACCUGGAGACAAACCACAUGAGUUGAUAGUCAAAGAGCUGAUGGAGGAGAGAGCCAAGCGUCAGGCUCAGCUAGAAGCCCAGGAGCUGUGGCGGAAGAAAGAAGAGGAGAUAAAGCAGAAGUUCAGAGAUGCCAUCACAAAAGAGAAAGCACGCUUAGUUGCCGGAAAAUGGAAGGAAGAAGCUGAGGACAGGAAAGCAGCUAAACAGGAAGAGGAACGCAUACGAGAGAAGCUAAAGAAACAAGAGGAAGAGGAAAGGAAGAGGGAAGAGGAGGAGAUACGACGUGCAGAGGAAGAAAGAGCAAAGGAGCUUUACAUGUCUCUGGAGCAGGAGCAAAGCAAAAGUGAACAGCGUGAUAGAGAGUGGGAGGAGCAAUUGCGUCGCUCCAAAGAAGCUGAUGAAGAGAUGACAAGGAAGGCCCGCUGGGCAAGAGAUGAAUAUAAUCGUCAGUCACUACGGGCCAUAGAGAAAGGCCAUGUGGCUGGCCUGAGCGUACAGUUUCAAAAACAGACCCACCUGAAUAAAGCAAACCCCCAUAAGAGGCACAGUACUUUCACUGAACCCACCACAAGUCCUGUGUCCAACAAUGAAGUCCAUCCAAAGCCUGGCCUUCAACGUGCAGAACCUCCUUUGUACAGACGCAGACAAAGUCGCAGACAUAGUACAACAACAUUACAACCACAAAUGGAUAGCCCUGCAUGGGUACGAGCACCACGACCCAGUUCCAGGGAAUCGGUUGUAGUUUGGUUUACUGAAGAGCAAAAACCGAAAAAAGCUGGAUAUGAAAGGAAUGGCAAUGAUAUCGCCCCAUGGUUUCACGGCAUCAUCUCUCGAGAGGAUUCUGAGGGUCUACUUAUGAAUGCUACCGAAGGCUCUUUUCUGGUGCGGGUCAGUGAAAGGAUAUGGGGUUACACACUGUCCUAUCGCACUGCCAGUGGUUUCAAACAUUUCCUUAUUGAUGCUUCUGGGGACUAUUACAGCUUUCUGGGUGUGGACCAAAACCGUCAUGCAACCCUUGCUGACCUCAUCGACUUCCACAAGGAGGACGUCAUCACAACAACAGGAAAAGAGCUGCUGUUGGAGGCUUGUAUGCGGUCUGGACCGUCUGCAGACUUUGGAGGACUUUUCUCAUAACUCAUCAUAUGAUUCGCUGCAUUUUAAAGAACAUGGUUAUAAGAAAGACCAGUCUUAUAUAUAAUAAGACAAGUCAUAAUGUCCUGCCUGGUGUGGUUUACAAUGCCUUAUGCUCCUUGCAAUUAAAAAAGCAGACUAAAUUCAUAAAGGAAAUACAUACUGCAUGUUUGAAUAGAUCUUUCCAUUGUAGCUGAGAAUCCAUUAGUGCUACAUUUACUGUUAUUUUUUUUUUAUAAUUGCAUCAAAAUGAAGUCAAAAUGGUAAUGCAACCUUAAGAAGAAUGAUUGUUUUCUGUUUUUAAGAAGCGAAUGUGCUGCAAAUUGAUAUUGCUGUGUAAAUAAAGACCAGUGUGACCCAUGAAACAAUGUAUCAAAA